CGUGAAGCAGUCGCUGCGGUAAACAGCGCUCGGUCAGACCUGCACCGGGAUGAACGCGCGCUGCGGACGGACAUUAUAGAGAGCACCGCGCGAACCUGCAAGAUGAGGCACGAAUGAGAUUCACAGCAUGUCAUUUAAGAAGGAGACGCCACUGGCUAACGCUGUGUUUUGGGCAGCGAGGAAAGGAAACUUGGCUUUGCUUCAGCUGUUGUUGAACAGCGGCCGAGUGGAUGUCGACUGCAAAGAUGGAUACGGCACCACAGCGUUAAUGGUGGCUUCAUACAGCGGUCAUUAUGAGUGUGUCCGGGAACUCAUCAUGCAAGGUGCAGAUAUUAAUCUGCAGAGAGAGACAGGUUCCACCGCUCUCUUCUUCGCUUCACAGCAGGGCCACAAUGACAUUGUCAAGCUCCUGUUUGAAUUUGGAGCGUCCACAGAGUUUCGGACAGAGGAUGGCGGCACGGCUCUCUCCGCGGCCUGUCAGUGCGCUCACUCCAGAGUGGUGGAGACCCUUCUGAAGAACGGCGCCAGCGUCCACGACCAGCUCAAUGAUGGUGCGACUGCCUUAUUUUUGGUGUCCCAAGAGGGUCAUGUGACCGUAAUACGGCAGCUUUUGUCAUCCGGGGCUAAAGUCAAUCAACCGCGAGAGGAUGGCACAGCUCCGCUCUGGAUGGCAGCCCAGAGGGGACACAGUGAGGUGGUCAAAGUUCUGCUGCUACGAGGUGCAGACCGUGACGCAGAUAGAAAAGACGGCUCCACGGCUCUGUUCAAGGCUGCACAUAAAGGCCACUGUAACGUCAUUGAGGAGCUCCUCAAGUUCUCUCCUUCACUCGGCCUUCUGAAGAAUGGUUCUACAGCUCUUCAUGCUGCCGUCAUGAGCGGGAAUCCAAAAACUGUCAAACUUUUGCUGAAGGCAAAUGCUGAUCCAGCUUUACCCAACAAGAAUAAUGAACUGCCGGAGGAUCUGACGAAGAACGAGCGCAUCCUGAGAGUCCUGCGCCUGCCGCUGCUGAAUGGAGGGAGCUGAUGACUGCUGGGUUUGCUCUUAGCGCUCUCUGCUGUCCUUGUUUUUAGAUUGAUGAAAAAUUAAUGCACUGCAUCCUCCUGAGAGAGGAGCCGCUGCCCGGAACAGCUUUCCUGUCUCAAACAGCCCAUCUUAUAAUGUUGCUUGCUUGCAACAAUGCACUGAAAAGCAGAAUUGCUUAUUCUUCAUCUCGGAAAUGUUAUGACAUAAUGUACUUUUUUUUUUUUUUAAGUCUAAAACAUUUACCAAAUUUGUAUAUUUUGUAAGA